AUGUCCGACUCUGAAGGACACAUCGAGUCGCCGGCGGCCGCGGCCGAAUCGCCUGUGGCUUCGCCUCCGGCGGACUCGCCAAUUGCAGAUGACGACGAUGCGAUUGCGAGUGGCGAUGACCUGUUCGGCGGCGGUGACGACGAUGACGAGGGCCAGCUGUCGGACCAGCCGCUGAGCGAGCACGGCCUCGACUCGGAUGACGACCGAGACGAGGACGGCGAGCGCUAUGGCGAGGACGGCGGGCGCAGCGCGCGACAGCAACAGCGGCAGACGCGCGAGGAGACGGAGAUGGACGUGGACAUGUAUCGGCACAGGACGCCCAAAUCGACGGACGGAAAUCUCCAAUCCCUGCGGAUCCCCCCAUUCAUCAAGAUGAACCCCGAAGAGUACCGCCCCGACACCUUUGUGCCCACCGACUUUGACCUGGAAAACUCCCUCGCCAAGAACCCGCACUCGGUCGUCCGCUUCCGCCGCGACCCCGAAACCGGCGCGGUCCAGAGCAACGCCGCCAUCUACCGGUGGAGCGACGGCUCUGUCACGCUUGCCGUCGGCGACGAGCACUUUGAAGUGCUGACCAAAGGCCUCGCCGACCCCGAACACCUCACAGAAAAGGGCGGCUACCAGGAGCUGCAGGACGCCCACUACUAUGCCGCCGCCGCCCAUCUGAGCAGCUCGCUGCUUCUGACCGUCGGCCACGUCACGGCCCAGUACAGCGUGCGUGCCAACCACACGGUGGCCGACGACGCCCUCAAGCGCCUGACCGAUCGGCUGCAAGCGGCCACGCAGAGCCCCGACCACACCGCCAACAUGAUCAUUCGGACCGUGCGCGACCCGGAGCUGGCCAAGAAGGAGGCCGAGCUCGCCGAGAAGGAGCGCGAGCGCGCCAAGCGGCGGCGCGAGACAGCGGCUGCUCGUCUUGACGGAUCGGCGAGUGUCGGCGGGCGUUCGGGCUGGGGCGGCGGCGCGCUCUCGGUGGGCGACCUAGAGGGCGGAGGACGCCGUGGUGGUGGCCGCCGCAAAGGCGGCCCCGGUGGCGCUGGUGCCCGCCCAAAGCGACGACGGGACGAGUACGACUCGGACGACGAGCUGCCGCAAGGGGCGCGGCGCAACGACGAGUACGACAAGGGCGACGACUUUAUCGCACCCAGUGACGACGACGUGUCAGACGAGGAGGGCGGGGAUGACGACGACGAAGAGGAGGAGGAAGAGGAGCUGGAUGACGAGGAGGAGGAGGAGGACGACCGCCGUGGCGGUUCGUCGCACCGGGCCAAGCGGCAAAAGACGGCCGAGGCCGAAGACGACGACGCAGAAGGUGACGACGACAUUCCGGCCGCACGGCGGAACCGGCGAAACAUUAUUGACGACGACGACGACGAGUAG